AUGGUCGUCUUUAGCAAGAUUACUAUUACGCUCGCCGGCCUUGCGUCGAUCGCCUCGGCUGCGCCUGCGGUAAAGACAAACAGCAAGUUCUCGUUGAAGCAGGUCGCUCGUCCGGCUACCAAGACCACAAACUUUGCUGCGGCUUAUGGUCAUGCUCUGUCCAAGUACGGUGCUACUGUACCGUCCCAUGUCGAGGCUGCCGCGGUAGCAAGUGGCGUCGCAACGAACACGCCUGUGAACGGUGACGAGGAAUACCUCACACCCGUCACCAUCGGUGGCACUACGCUGAACUUGGACUUCGAUACCGGGUCCGCUGAUCUCUGGGUCUUCUCAACCGAGCUCUCUGCCUCCGAGCAAUCUGGCCACUCCGUGUAUGAUCCUAGCACUAGCGGAACAGAGCUUAGUGGCUACUCGUGGUCUAUCUCGUAUGGCGACGGAAGCAGUGCCAGCGGAAAUGUGUACACAGAUGCCGUUACUGUUGGUGGCAUUACUGCACCCAAACAAGCUGUCGAGGCCGCUCAGACAAUCAGCUCUCAGUUCCAGCAGGACACCAACAACGACGGCCUCCUCGGUCUUGCUUUCAGCAGCAUAAACACUGUGUCUCCUCGAGCCCAGACCACCUUCUUUGACAGUGUCAAAUCCUCCCUUGCUCAACCCCUCUUCGCUGUUGCGCUGAAGCACAACGCCCCUGGUGUCUAUGACUUUGGUUUCACCGACUCCUCCAAAUAUACCGGCUCUAUUGCGUACACCAGCGUGGACAGCUCGCAAGGCUUCUGGAGCUUCAAUGUCGACAGCUACAAAGCCGGUACCCGCUCCGGCGGUGGCUUCAGUGGAAUCGCAGAUACCGGUACCACACUGUUGCUGCUUCCUAGCACCGUUGUAUCGGCCUACUAUUCUCAGGUCAGCGGUGCCAAGAACAGUCGCACUGCGGGUGGAUAUGUCUUUGACUGCUCCGCUAAGCUGCCGGAUUUUAGUGUCAAGAUUGGCAGCUACACUGCUACUGUCCCUGGGUCGUUGAUCAACUACGGCCCCUCUGGUGUCGGCUCCACCUGUCUUGGUGGUAUCCAGUCAAACUCUGGCAUUGGAUUCUCGAUCUUCGGUGAUAUCUUCCUGAAGAGCCAGUAUGUCGUUUUCAACUCUGCUGGCCCCAAGCUUGGCUUCGCUCCCCAGGCAUAA